CCUGCUAGCAGCUUGAGGAGAUAUUAGCGGUGGGAUAACUUGUCAGAAACUUCUGGAAACGUGUGGCUAGCUUUGCUCCUGUUACUCGAAAUAUAACGUUACGGUUGUAGCAAACAGUAAACUGUAUUCUGCUAUGGCUGAAAAAGAGGAGACUAUAGACGCCUCUGAUAGCCAUGACAGUGCGCCAACAGCAAAGAAGAAUGGACGGACCUCAUUGCUGGACAGCGGGGAGGACUUCGAAGUUUUAGAUGAAGAAGACAUUGAUGAUGAUGACCCUCCUCCUCUGGAAGAUGCCGGUGGAGGGAAGCGAAAAAACACAGAUGAGUCUGAAAAGAAAAAUGCAGACACAGAUUCAGACCCUCUUGGUCCAGUGGAGGAAUGGCUGGAUGUAUUAGGUAAUGACCAGUUAAAGAAAAAAGUACUGGAAGCAGGGGAAGGGAGAGAUAGUCGGCCACAGAAAGGACAGAAUGUGAAGAUUAAUCUUAAAACAUCCCUGAAGGACGGGACACUUGUGGAGGAGCAGACUGACCUCUCGUUCACUCUUGGAGAUGGAGAUGUCAUCCAGGCGCUGGAUCUUACAGUGCAGCUCAUGGAAAUGGGAGAGAAGGCCCUCAUCCAGGCUGAUGCAAAAUACGCAUAUGGUGCCCGGGGGAGUCUUGAGCCUGAGGUCCCCCCGAACGCUGAGGUGUCCCUAGAAGUGGAACUGUUGGAAGCUACUGAUGCCCCAGACCUGGAGCUUCUGCCUCCUGCAGAAAAGAUUGCCCUGGCCAGCCAUAAGAGAGAGCGAGGCAAUGUUCAUUAUCAGCGAGGCGACUACGCUUUUGCCGUCAACUCGUACAGCAUUGCCCUGCAGAUAACAGAGUCUAGCUCUAAAGUCGACAUCACUCCUGAGGAGGAGAACGAGCUGAUGGAUGUAAGAGUGAAGUGUUUAAACAACAUGGCUGCUUCUCAGCUGAAACUGGACCACUAUGAAGCAGCACUUAAAUCUUGUGUCUCGGCACUGGAACACCAGCCAGACAACAUUAAAGCACUUUUCCGCAUGGGCAAGGUGCUGGCCUUGCAAGGUGAAUACACAGAAGCCAUUCAAAGUCUGAGGAAGGCGCUGAAGUUGGAGCCGAGCAACAAGACUAUCCACGCGGAGCUCUCCAAGCUGGUGAAAAAGCACUCGGAGCAGAGAGGAGCAGAGCAGGCCAUGUAUAAGAAGAUGCUGGGUAACCCCGCCAACAGCAGCGGCAGCACACAGAAACACCGAGCCAAGUCUUCGUGGGGUCUCAGCUGGAAAUGGCUAUUUGGUGCCACCGCAGUAGCCAUUGGCGGUGUAGCAUUAUCCGUUGUCAUAGCUGCUAGAAACUGAACCAAACCUGACCGAGCCCCUGCAAUGUGAGCCGAAACACUGAAGCACACGUGACAGCGCCUUCUUAACGUUGGUCAGAGGGGGCUGGAAAUGUCAGUUGGUCAGUCGCCUCUUCACUGUCACUCUCCUUUCUCUGCUAUGUUUGAGAAUUAUAUGUGACAAACAAUAAAACAUCGAUAUGGGAACUGAAUUCCAACCAUAUAAAUGCGUAGGUUUAUGCAUAUCUGUCACAUUGCCAGACACUGUUUUAAUUUGCUGCCGUGUUUUUUGUCUUUGGUAGUUGAAUAUUUGAGCAUUGAAAUGUAAGAAAAAAAAUAUACCAUAGAUUCACAUAGAAGCUAUUUAAGAAUAUUUUUCCCAUUAAGAUUAGCUAUUGUGAUUAUGGUCCUACGUUAAACUAUAGUUUUAAAGCGUCAGGUUGCGCAUUUAAAAUAAUAUUUCCUAUCCAAGAGAGAAUGUGAUUUCACUUUGUUUUAAUGAUAUUACAAUGUUUCAGGUCGGCUGGUGUGAUGCUCUGUUAUUGGGCGAGGUAACUGGCUUGUGUGCUAGCUCUCACACCCUUUCUAUAAACGCCACUCAUACAUUAAGUGACCACAAAAAUAGAAACACCUGCACAUUUUUUGUUCAAGCUGUUAUUUCAGAUGUUUGAGUGUUCAGUCGGUUCGACUGUGUAUAUUGAGGCCGCAGUUUGUUGGGAUGUUUUUCUGAAAUUCCUAAAAUUGUAUCCACCUCAUUAACAUAUAUAAGAAACACCUCCAGCACGUAACGCAGUUAAAGAAAAUAUAACAGACUACAGCCUCACCUGCCUCAAGUACCAUGGAAUUGAAUCAAUGCCUUUCUGACAGUGUCGACAGCAAAAAACAAAUAACAUUUCACAAAGGGGGUUUAGACAUAAACAUGCGUGUGUUUUUUUUGCAAUUUGAUGUUGGCGUGUUUCUAUAUUCUUGGUCACUUAAUGCAGCCGCUACAGUAGAAAUACUUGUCAACAUUUGUUAAAAUAGUAAUUUCUUGUUGAGAGAGGUGUGGUUAUGACUUUUAAAUAAGGACAGCAAAUGGUACAUAUAGUUUGUCAGUGACGUGGUUAUGAAUAAUGCUGAAGUAGGGUUUAUUUUUAUGAUUCACUUUCAGUGAGUUAUACCUCAAUUUUUGAUGAUUAUGACCAAAUGUUGAAGGGUGACCCUUUAAGUACAAUGUUGGGUGUUUUUUUUUCUCCCCUACAUUUUUUUUGCCUGUGAAGUUUUUAAUUUAUGUUGCUUAUGUUAUCCUUUUCUUACAUAGUUAAUGUGACACAAAUCAAUCUGUGGCUUCUUCUGAGUAGAUGGUACUGUAAGCCUGCAGAGCCAAAAGUUGCAUAAACUCUAAACAGUUGGUGACAAAUGAGGAGGUUGUGAAAGUUCCCAGCAUUCCCUGUAUUUGUUAAUUUUAUAGUCAUCACAAUAAAAUGUGUCUGUUGUCAAA